UGUUCCUGUAAACAUGGCGGCCGGGCAAAACAAGUCGUCUGCUGGUGGAAGUUUUACAAUGUUUUUAAACGUUUUAGCGGUUUUAUCUGGUUUGUGUUUUAUGUGUGUGUCAGUUCGAGGUGAAAUACGAACCGCUGUCAUUGACAAAAAAACCGGGCAGCUGUCGGUCAUUGAGGGAUAUCGAGAUGAUUUUGUGGCUUGGGCAAACUUCACUGAUGACAUUAAAACAUCAGGCUGGUCUUUUUUGGAGAUCACCACCAGCAGUCAGUACAAUGACAGUAUCCAGGCUUACGCUGCCGGUGCGGUGGAGGCUGCACUCACAUCUCAGCUUAUCUAUAAGCACUGGAUGAACACCUUGAUGAAUUACUGCGGGCCCUUCACGUCUGAAUCCGCUUACUGCCAGCGCCUGAAGGAUUUCAUCACAACCAAUCUGCUGUGGGUUCAGGAGCAAAUGGGGAAGCAGCCAAACUCACCCUACUGGCACCAGGUGCGUCUGGCACUGCUGCAACUGAAAGGUCUGGAGGACAGCUACAAUGAGGAUCUGUCAUUUCCAACUGGGCCAUUCUCCCUCAACCCAUUUGGCUUCCUACUUUUCCAGUUGGGCGGGGAUCUGGAGGACUUGGAAUCGGCUCUGAACAAAUCCAGCAAAACUCAACCUCUUGGAUCAGGCUCCUGUUCUGCUCUCAUUAAGCUGCUGCCAAACAAUAAGGAGCUGCUGGUGUCACAUGACACCUGGAACAACUACCAGGCCAUGCUGCGCAUCAUGAAGAAAUACAUGUUUGCCUUCAGAGUUUCUCCUUCAGAUGAGGAUCUUCUACCUGGAGCAAAUCAGGCCUUCUCAUCGUAUCCUGGAUCGAUCUUCUCUGGAGAUGACUUUUAUAUCAUAAGUAGUGGUUUGGUUACCUUGGAAACCACCAUCGGAAACAGUAACCCCGCUCUCUGGAAGUUUGUUCAGCCCGAAGAAUCUGUCAUGGAGUGGCUGAGAAACAUUGUGGCUAACAGACUGGCUGCUACAGGCAAGGAGUGGGCCGACAUAUUCAGCAAGUACAACAGUGGAACGUACAACAAUCAAUGGAUGAUUGUGGACUACAAACACUUCACUCCAGGGAAAACUGACAUUAAAGAGGAGCUCUUUGUUGUGUUGGAGCAGAUUCCGGGGUUUGUUGUUUACACUGACAAAACCCAGGAACUGCUGGAGAAAGGGUACUGGGCAAGUUACAACAUUCCGUACUACGAGGAGAUAUUCAAUGCCAGCGGCUGCAAUGAGCUGGUUGAGAAGUUCGGCCCGUGGUUCUCUCUGGACCAGAAUCCUCGGGCACAGAUAUUCAGGAGAAACCACACUGCUGUCACAGAUGUGGACUCAAUGGUGCGCCUUAUGAGGUAUAACAACUUUAAGGAAGACCCAUUGUCAAAGUGUGAGGGCUGUGAUCCACCCGGGAACGGAGAGAAUGCAAUCUCCGCUCGCUCAGACCUGAACCCAGCGAACGGAACAUAUCCGUUUGGCGCCUUAAGGCAGAGGUCACAUGGAGGAACAGACAUGAAGAUGACGUCCUACGGGAUGUUUCGUGACUAUGGUAUGCUGGCAGCGAGCGGGCCAACAUGGGACCAGGUGCCACCCUUCCAGUGGAGCACUUCACCUUACAAAGACCUGGUUCACAUGGGCCACCCUGAUAUUUGGGCAUUUAAGCCUAUAAAAGUCACCUGGACUUCUUAAUUAAUAUUACGCUACAUAUACAAGUGCCAUCAUCAAUGUAGAUACUGCAAGCUGUUUGACGUUUUGACAAAGGGAAAUUAUAUUUUAAUUCAGUGGGUCAGACUUUUAUGAACACAACAGUCAUGUUAUUGAGUCUUAGGAGAGUGGCAAUAAUAUACAGGAAGUUGCUGCAGCAUUACAAAAUUGCACUAAAUGCAUAAUUAAAGCACUCGAGGCAAUAUGAACAAACGCACAACCUUGCUGUUGUAAAGUGGAAGUUGUGUAUAAGAUUAUCUGAUUGUAAUGUUUUGUUUGAUAAAUAUGUGAAAAUCGAAAUUCCACGUUUAAAUUAUGAUGGCUUUCACCACUUUUCUGUGGAGAAAUCAAAAUACAAUUAAUGAUACAGACGCACAUUUUAUGUCACUGUGAAGGCAUGUAUUGAGCAUGAGUUAAAUAAUGUGGGUAAAUCCAUUCAUACUUACCUAGAAUUCAGAAUUUUUCUCAGUUCAUGUCAUGAAUACAUAAAAUUCAUAUGAGAUUUACGUUAAAUUCAUGGGACCUGGCAAAAUUCUGUAGCUCUAUUCCAAAUGCUGUUUUUCACUAGCAGCUUAUUUUUCAUUGUAUUGGGGUGAAUGUAUACUGAACAUCCAAGAAAUGCUGAGGAAAAAAUUGCGACAUGUAUCCAUGUAAAUAUUUUUAAGUAAUCAAAUAAAAAAUGUUUUAACCUAAA